AAAAGUAAACAAGAAAAAUAAAAUACUAAAAAUAAACGUAAUUGCCUCGUCUUGCCAUUGUCCAACACCAACAGCAAAGCAAAGAAGGCCACCACCGCCAGCAUCGCCACCACGUCCGCCAUUGUCACGACUUCGGUGGGGGAAAAACGAUUCACCCUCACCUUUUUUCUUCCCCUACACAGAAUUUCAGAUUUUGUAUUUUAAAUUCUCAACGAAGAAAAUUCUCUGAAAGAUCAGCCUUCUCCCCUUUUCCCCGAUCAUUUGACCCCUUUUCCCGACAGCCAAACAGCUGAGGAAAAACCACUAUCAAUUUUACUCUUGUCUUUUUCACCUCUGAAUCAGGGUUUCUGCUUUUUCUUCCACUGUGAUUCCCAAAGAGGGUUUCAACAGUGAGAGUACUACCGGUAAGGGAUUGGUGAAGGGCUUCGGAAUUCGCUCAGGUGAGAGGGAAUCAAGAUUCUCAAUGGAAGAUUUUAGAAGAUUCUAGGGUUUUGUAUUAGAUUUCAAGACUUUCUACUUUGUAAUUUCGUUUCGAUUUCCCAAACUAGAGAGCGAAAUUAGGUUUUAGGAUGGUAUAUUGGUAACGAUGGUGAGACUUCUAGGACUAAGUCGAGGAGAAUCGGAUGAGUCACCUCGUGAAAUCACCACCUCCAGGACUCCUUUAACAAGCGAGUCAGGUGAAAACGGGUGGCUCAUCAGAUUCUUUGACUCGGCGUUUUUCUGUGAGUGGAUCGCCGUCAGCUAUCUUUACAAGCAUGAUCAUGCCGGGGUACGAGAUUAUCUGUGUAACAGGAUGUACACGCUACCAUUAUCUGGAAUCGAAAGCUAUCUGUUCCAGAUUUGUUACAUGAUGGUGCAUAAGCCAAGCCCUUCAUUGGAUAAGUUCGUUAUUGAUAUGUGCUCAAAAUCACUAAAAAUGGCAAUGAAGGUGCAUUGGUUUUUGUUGGCUGAGUUAGAGGAUUCAGAUGAUAAUGAAGGGCUUAGUAGGAUUCAAGAGAAGUGUCAAAUUGCUGCUACUUUGAUGGGUGAGUGGCCUCCCCUUGUGCGGCCACCCAAUGCAGGGUCAAGUCCGGGGAGUAAAAAUCAAGUAUUGAAUCGGUUCCUAUCCUCAAAACAGCUGUUUUUGUCAUUGACUUCUUCACCUUCUACACAAAGAUCAUUGUCCUCCCCAUCUUCAGGGAACCAUUUGCAGGAAGAUGGUGGCAGUCAGUUGUCUCCAGAGGAGAAUAAGAUUUUUAAAAAGUUUAUUCCAGGUCCUAAAGUCAGAGAUGCCUUGUUGUUUAGGAAGUCAGCUGAGAAAGAUGAAGAGGAGAACGAAAAGGAUGGGUUUUUCAAGAGGAUUUUGAGGGACAGCAGAGGGGGAGAGGAUGAGGAUUUGACAUCAAGCUCAGAUGGGUUCUUUAAGAGGCUUUUAAAGGAUAGUAAAGGAGAGGAGGAAGAAAUGACUUCUAGUUCGGAAGGAUUUUUUAAGAAAUUGUUUCGAGACAGUAAGAGUGAUUCUGAUGAUAAAAUGGUUUCUAAGCCUGCAGAAGAUGAUGAGAAAGAGGGGUUCUUUAAGAAGUUAUUUAGAGAUAAAUUUGAGGAUAAGAAAGAUGUUAAUGAUAGAAUUGAUGAUGUACAUAUGGUGAACUCUGCAGAAAAAGCUUCAAAAUCAGGUGAAGAUGAUGAAAAAGAGGGUUUUUUCCGGAAACUUUUUAAGGAUAAAUCUGAGGACAAGAAAGACGGGAAUGAUAAGAAUGAUGAUGGUGAGGAAGAAGAUUCUUCAGAUUUCUCACUGUUCCGAAGACUGUUCCGAGUGCAUCCUGAAGAGAAUAAAACUAGUACAGCCAAUGAAGGCAGCAACAGUGACAGUUUGUUUGAGAGCAGUCCAGGGACUGAGAACUUCUUCCGCAAGCUUUUUAGGGAUCGGGAUCGUUCAAUUGAAGAUUCAGAGCUGUUCAAUGCAAAGAAGCACAAAGAGAAGCAUCCUGGUUCACCUAAGCAACAGAAUGAUAGAUCGAAUUCCAAACCCCCACUUCCAAAUAGUUCUGUAUCUCAAUUCCGAAAAGGGGCUUAUCAUGAUUCAUUGUAUUUUGUACAGUCAUUAUGUGACACAUCAUAUGGCUUGGUGGAUGUUUUUCCAAUUGAAGAUCGUAAAACUGCUCUUUGUGAGUCACUUGCAGAGAUUAAUUUACAUCUAGCUGAGGCCCAAAACAAUGGAGGAGUUUGCUUUCCAAUGGGAAAAGGGAUGUAUCGUGUGGUUCAUAUUCCUGAAGAUGAAGCUGUUCUUUUGAAUUCUAGGGAAAAAGCACCUUACCUGAUCUGCGUUGAAGUUUUGAAAUGUGAAUUGCAGAGUACAAAGGAUACAUCUAAUGCUCAGAAACUUUCUAGAGGAGGAAUCCCUCUAGCAAAUGGUGAUGCGUUACUCCAAAAGCCGCCUCCAUGGGCUUAUCCUUUAUGGACUGCUCAAGAGGCGUACCGAAAUAGUAGUGAUAGGAUGUCAAGUUCCACUGCGCAAGCCAUUGACCAAGCAAUGACACAUAAGUCUGAUGCGAAAGUGAAAUUUGUCAAUGUGAGUUUCUCUGUAGAAAAGCUAUCAAUCAGCCAGUUGGGGAGUAUUGAUGCACCUGAUCCACAGUGUAGCAUGCAUCGUUGCAAUUUGAGUGCUGCUUCGGUUCAAGGUGGACAAGAUUUAACUCAAAAACUAAAAGAUGCGCGUGCUAGUGAUAUGGAGUGGGUAAGGGUGGUACUGACAGCGGAUCCUCGGCUCCGAAUGGAAGACAUUGAGGGACAAGGACGACCCCGUCGAAAGGAGCACCGGCGUGUUCCAAGUACAGUUGCCAUAGAAGAAGUAAAGGCAGCUGCUGCAAAGGGAGAAGCUCCUCCUGGACUCCCUUUGAAAGGGGCUGGUCAGGAUUCAUCAGAUGCGCAACCAAGGGCCAAUGGGGGUGUGCCUAAAGCUGGCGAUGCAUUAUCUGGUGAACUUUGGGAGGUGAAGAAGGAGAGAAUACGGAAAGCUUCAAUAUAUGGAAAGUUACCUGGUUGGGACCUACGUUCUGUUAUUGUAAAGAGUGGGGAUGAUUGUAGGCAAGAGCACCUUGCUGUGCAGCUUAUCUCUCAUUUUUAUGAUAUAUUUCAAGAAGCUGGUCUUCCGCUGUGGUUGCGCCCUUAUGAAGUUUUAGUUACAUCUUCUUACACAGCUCUUAUUGAAACAAUUCCAGAUACGGCCUCUCUUCAUUCUAUCAAAAGCAGAUAUCCCAAUUUAUCUAGCUUACGCGAAUUCUUUGCUGCUAAAUAUCAGGAAAAUUCUCCAAGUUUUAAACUGGCACAGAGAAAUUUUGUUGAAAGUAUGGCUGGGUAUUCCCUUGUGUGCUAUCUUCUGCAGGUGAAAGAUAGGCAUAAUGGAAAUCUGCUACUGGAUGAAGAAGGUCACUUGAUCCAUAUAGAUUUUGGGUUCAUGCUCUCCAAUUCACCUGGUGGUGUAAAUUUUGAGAGUGCACCAUUCAAAUUAACCCGUGAGCUUCUUGAGGUCAUGGAUUCUGAUGCUGAGGGAGUGCCAAGUGAAUUUUUUGACUACUUUAAGGUAUUGUGCAUCCAAGGCUUCCUGACCUGCCGUAAGCAUGCAGAGCGCAUAAUUCUUCUUGUUGAAAUGUUGCAGGAUUCUGGUUACCCAUGCUUCAAAGGCGGCCCUCGAGCAAUACAAAAUUUAAGAAAACGAUUCCACUUAAGUUUGACAGAAGAGCAAUGUGUGUCAUUGGUGCUUUCCCUGAUCAGCAGCAGUUUAGAUGCAUGGCGAACACGGCAGUAUGAUUAUUAUCAGAGGGUUUUGAAUGGAAUAUUGUGAAUUCAGAUUUGAUGUGUUGCCCCCAUUGUCGCAUGUUUGGUAAAAUCAGGCUAGUGAAGAUUUUCAUAGGAAAAAGAUACUCGUGUCUUAUAGGGACGGUCGCUAUGCAAUGAUUUCCAAGGUUUUCUACAAGAUAUAUUUUUUUUUUUCAGAGGAGGGGAAAGGAUGGUUCCUAGUUCCUACCAGUUUGUGGUCUGUCUUAUAUUUGUUUGAGGAAUUUGUAACUGUAUCGGCGUAUAUAAACGAAGGAGGCAAACUCUUCCUUAGCAGAGCUCUCUUCUGUUGUUCAUCUCGUGUCCACCAGUCUGGCUCUUGGUGAUUAAAUUACUAGGAGUUCCUACUCGAAUGCUGUCUGUGUACGCAUCCUCAGAACAUUGCAUACUGUACAGAGUGAUUUGAACAUGGACCAAAACAUCAAGGUAAGAGAUAGCUCUGAAAAUUAGGUCAUUACAGGUCGAAACAGCAGUUUGGCAGGGAUAAUAUGAUUUUGUACAUGCGACUUUACCAUUUAAGGAUGAUAUAUACAUUUUGAGAAUAAAAUGAUGGAUGGCAAUGCAUGCAUGCAUGGUAAGUAAAAGCUUGUGGCUUCAUUAGAGUUGGAUUCAUGUCUUUACCGGGUGUAAUUUCUCCCCUUAUAUAGUUUUAUCAGUAAGAAAAGGAUGCUUUGAUUGUAUCAUAUGAUGUCAUUAUUAUUCAUCACAUUUUCUUCAGUGUGAGGUUUGUUCACUGUA